AUGUCUGAAGAUCCCAGAAGACCAGAUGAGGUAGUAAAGUACGUCCACGUUCCAGCUCAGACCAGAAAUACGGCCGCCAACGUUGUUGGAUCCACUUUACCGAUGGCUGCCAUGUUUUUAAGGAAUAAAGUGGUUUCAUGGUCUGCUCUUUUCAUUGCCUUGCAAGCGUACUUGAAUGAACCAAGAUUCAAGCCUCAAAAUAAGGACGGCCCAUCUCAACCAGGUUUGAUGACAGUUGGAUUUGCCUUGCUGGCGGUUCUUACAUCGUAUACCGAUGUACUAUUUCCUACCCCCGGUGUUGGGAAGAAGAUUGUACCCUCAGUUUAG